UGUGAUAGAAUAUACGUUGAUUGGCAGGUUUUGGUUGAGGCGGAGGCCAAGAGCCGCGUGGCGAGAGCUCUGGACGAGGCCAACCUCAAGCACAGCGUUGAAGUCCCGGAUGUCCUGGCGUUGGUGGAGGAGGAGAGGGCGCACAUGCAGGCGAAGAGGAGGAAGAAGCGCGAGUCAGAGCAAAUGGACUGGACGUCAUUCCAUGACCUGGAAGACAUCGAGCGCUUCGAGGAAUGGCUCAACUCCACCGCGGGCAACCUCGUGCAGAUGGCGACGGUGGCCAGGACUCUUGAGGGCCGCGAGGUCAGGCUCGUGAGGAUCACCGACCCUACCACGCCAGGACCCAAGAAGAAGAUCUGGAUCGAGGGAGGUAUCCAUGCCAGGGAAUGGAUCUCCCCCGCCGUGACCACGUACCUGAUGCAUCAGGUGGCAGUCAGUCCUGAGUGGCGGGACAUCUUGAAGGUCACUGAGUGGUACUUCGUGCCCGUCGCCAACCCCGACGGCUACGCCUACUCCUUUUCGUCACCCAGAGCAAGACUUUGGCGGAAGAACCGCAGCCAAAACGGCCCGAGCGCUCGCUGCAAGGGCGUCGAUCUCAACCGAAACUGGAACCUCAAGUGGGGCGUUGGGGCAUCCGGCAACCCUUGUAGCGAGACAUUCAAAGGAAAAGAGCCUUUCAGCGAGCCGGAGACGGUUGGCCUCGGCAGAGCAAUGCAGAGUGUGAGGGACAUCGACGUCUUCAUCACUUUCCACAGUUUCGGGCAGACGGUGCUGUACCCUUGGGGCUGGACGAGGGACCCGCCCGCCAAUGUCAAGCAACUCAGCCGCCUGGCGAGGAAGUUCAACGAGGGCGUCAAGGCCGCUUCAGGAGGCAGAACUGAAUACGAGAUCGGGGGUUCAGGGCCUCUGUACGGCCUGGCCUCCGGGGCCUCUGACGACUGGGCCUACGGCGCUAUGCAAGUCCCUUUUUCGUACACGAUAGAGCUCCCCGACACUGGCUCGCAUGGCUUCUUGUUGCCCGAGAGUGAGGUGAGCAGAGUCGUGUUCGAGACCAGCUCCGGGAUGCACUGCAUGAUCGGCUUCCUUACGAACAUCGGGCCCUGCGCUCGCCACGCCGGCAACCGCUCCAAGUCGGUGGGGUUUCGGGGCUUUCGGGGGUGAGCGGAGCGCCGUCCUGCGCCCACCUGUCACUCUUGGCACAAGCGAUGAUCCUCAUGUACCUGUGUAAAUGAACGUUUCCUCCCUGUCUGUCAACUGCCAGGAGCUUGAGGGGGAACUAUGCACCGAAACUCUAGCCUUCUUGAUCAAGCAAGGCCGGUCAACAGUGAUCUUACAAACGAGUGCAUUCUUUGGGAUGUAUUCUGUAGCAUUGCGGGUGGGAAAUGUUAUACACAUAACGUUGGUUUACAAGUUGAACGAGGAAUUAUAGCAAAAGAAAAAAUUAUAACAAAGAAAAUCUAGUCUCCGAUGUUAUUUUUGUUGACAAAAGCGGCGACAACAGGCCGUCUUAUAUGUUGUGUAUUGGCUUUGUUUGAAUACUUGACUUAUGUUCUCGUUUGGGAUGCGAAACACUGGUGUGGGUUCAUUUAAUCAUCACAAUAUUUAUGAUACAAUGCUGCUGUUAGAUUUAUUUGUCUUAUUUAAAUAUUUAAAGAACCGUUUGUUGGCACACUUGAAUAAUUUAAGUUAUGCAUUUACAUUCUAUAGCAUAACACACACACACACACACACACACACACACACACACACACACACACACACACACACACACACACACACACACACACACACACACACACACACACACACACACACUCACUCACACA